AUGAAUGCUGCUGCCUGUGCAGCAAGUGGUGGAACCUCCUACUCAGGUAUUUGUCCUGGUGAUAGCAGUAUGCAAUGUUGUGUGAAAGGCUCCAAUCCAUCUGGCACUGGUUCCAGUAAACCAGUGAAUACGAUGCUUACGGACUUGGCUAACAUACUUCGCACAGCAGGUCUCAAUGUGGUUGAAGAACCUGGUUGGAAGACUCGUGGUCAUGGUGUAAUGGCCUCAGUAAAAGGCAUUCUAGUUCAUCACACGGCUGGUCCAGCGACAGGCGAAUUUCCUUCACGAGCUGUCGUUCGAGACGGUCGUUCUGAUCUUCCUGGUCCUCUUUCACAACUGGGUUUAGGUCGUUCAGGAACAUGGUAUGUCAUUGCAGCUGGUCGUUCUUAUCACGCUGGUGCUACGAUCGAUGACUCAAUUUUUGGAAACUCGAACGCCAUUGGUAUCGAAGCUGAAGCCUCAGGUACUCCAACCGAUAAUGUAGGACACCAAUAUUGGCCUGAAGUGCAAUGGCAGAGCUAUGUGCGCGGUGUGAAAGCUCUUCAGGCAGCUUACGGUAUACCUACUUCACGAGUAUUGGGACACAAGGAAGCAGCAGUGCCUGCAGGUCGCAAGCCUGAUCCAAAUUUUUCUAUGGCGGAAUUUCGCGCUGCACUCGGCUAA